AUGGUCAUUUUAACUCCAACAAAAUCUACAACACCUCACAGGUAAGAAUAGCCUACCACGCAGACGUUUUUAGGGGAUCUUAGGGACUUCAUCGCGUUACUGCCCCACGAACGUGGAAAAGGUACUCAUGAAGGAGGCCCUAAGACCGCGUGCGUGGGUGGGUAAAGGUACUGUAAAACGGGCAACAAAAACGUGCAACUUGUUUUGCAGCAUUGCAUCAAAACGAGUUAAAAAGCGAUGUUGCGCGUUUUACCACCCACAUGCAGCAAAUCAGCUUGUUGCAGGUUGCGAAAACUUGUUGCAGAAAGUAGAGAGUUGUUCUACUUUUUGCAACAAAACCUGUACAUGUUGCGCGUUUUACUGGCGCAGGCCAAAAUUGUUUUGCAGCAAGUGACGUAACUCCCGUGUUGCCCUUGUUACCGUACCUUUAGGUAAGAAUUAUUUUAAACUCUUCUAAAUACUAAACUGAAAAUAAAAACUGAAAACAUAACAGCCUUGGGUAUUCCUUAGAUUAAAAACAAAGCACAAAGUGUAAUGAUAAGGAUGCAAGGAAAAUGUAUAGUUUCGGUUAAACUUGACGUUUAAACCGCCUUCGUAAAGGAGACCCCGUUGUUGGUUAAAAUAGAUAGGUAUUGUGUCGUGGUGCUGGUAUAAUUUAACAGUGUCUUUUCGAUCUCUUUCGACCAGCAAAUUCUAGAAUAGUCUUUUUCUAGAAACUUGAAUCCCGGAAUCUUAAAAAGGUCUUGCACUAGGGAGUUUGCCAGCCGGGAAUUAGAACUUUUUGGAUGGCGUCUUCCACAUUUACUUAGCUGGGUUAGCUUUUUGUUAUUCUGAGUAAAGGUAAGGUAAAAAGAGGCCCAAACGGCCGGAGCUUAGCCCCGAUUCCUUAACAUGAAAUAUGCCUAGGAGUAUUGCUACUCCCCCCUGGACAAGAUGCUACUACAUCGCAGGGUUACCCACCAGCAGUAUGUCGCCGGAAGAGAGACAACGUCCUUGUAUAUAAGGGAACAACGCGACGGGCGAGGCUUGAAUCCAGGGCCUCCAGAUGCGGAGUGCGAGCUGUUAACCGCUGGACCACACACUUCUCCAUGUUAUUCUGAGUAACAGUUACUUAUUUGUACCCGGCAAACUUUCUCAUUUCUCUAACCUGCUUGAGAUGACCAAAUUUGAGGGAUGUUUGUAGUUAUUUCAGUACUGACGUCAGUCGCUAACGUCAAUGAUGGAAUAUAGAAAAUUGUCCACGAAUGACGUUAAGUAAGACAGCGGCGCAGCAGGUUAGUUGUUUUGCAAGAAUGAAAGCGAAGACGAAAGAGCCAAAAGACCAGCAAAUAAGGGGAGCAGGAAUACGCAAAAAUACCAUUCACUGGAUGUCAACUGCUUUUUGAAAAAUAUCUUAAAGAAAAAAAAUCCGUGCAUUUUCUUUAACGCUGAUGACCCGUGGACAAUGUUGUGAAGAAGCUAAGGUCUACGUGGAGGUAUUGUAAUGAUGUUUUGAGUUGAAAGGCUCGUCUUAUACCCUCAGGGAUCUGCAUAGUUCUUCAUGUUAAAAGAAAGCUGUAUUCAAUAAUUAUUUAUUAAUUAUUUUUCAUAUGUGAGUUGUAAAUGUGUUGUAGUAAUAAGGCGCAUUUGUAUUGAACGGUCGACCUCGAGUUCUGGAAGGCAAAGUUGAAUUUCAAUUCAUCGAAAUUAUUUGAAAAAAUGACACAUGUAUGACAUUUUCAGGUGUACUCUGCCGUCCGCGCAUAAUAACUGGUCACCAUGGGCGUGGGACUGGUGGCUUACUCAGCCAAAACAUGACGUCAUCAAAGAAGAAACAGAGCGUGAAGGAAAACAAACCGCUGACAACAAACAGCAGACA